AUGGAUGCUGGUCGUAUAUAUCUGUGCGGUGAAGAGUCCUUUGGAACUGGUAGCGAUCAUAUAAGAGAAAAAGAUGGUGUAUGGGCGAUGUUGGCAUGGUUGCAAAUUUUGGCCGAGAAAAAGCUUUCGGUGGAGGAUAUUGUGAAAGAGCUAUGGACACGUUAUGGGCGAAAUGUUUUCACAAGAUACGACUAUGAAAAUGUGGACGCCUCAGGAGCUAACCUGUUAAUGACAUUCCUGAAGCACAAAUGCCAGCUUUUGUUGGAAGAGAGCUCAGUGCCAACAACGUUACAUAUAAGGUUACCUUUAUACCUUUUAUUCACACCAUAUUGUAUGCCAUACAAUGCAGAAAUACUAUAG